AUGAACGGGACGUCACGUUAAUGACCCCGAGGUCGGGGCGUCACAGUCUAAUUUGGUAUCAGAGCAGGUUCCCCUCCAGUAAGUGCAAGUUCGGUGUUGAGCCAAGAAGAGGCUGUGGAAUCCUGAAAGGACCCGAUCCAAUGAGGGCGGGGAGUGGUCGCCGAGGUAGAACCUGAUCAAGGAGCGGCUCUUGGCUAGGAAGUGGACGCCGGGGCAUGAGGCCUGAUCAAGGUGCGGCUUCUAGCAAGAGUGAUCGCCGGGGUUGAAGACCUGAACAAAGAGCGGCUCCUGGCAAGCUUCUAGGAUGAUGGAAAGACCCCUUAGAAUACCAAUAUGAGUGCUCGGAACCCGACUGCGACCUCGACCUCGAAGGGGAAGUCAAAUCAAGACCCCCGAAUAGACGGAAUUCUGCAGGCUCUGGCGACCGUAGGAGAACUGUUGGGACAGCAGGCCCAACAACGAAUGCCUAAUGCUGAGAAUGUGGCAGCAAAUGGAAAUGGAAAUGGUGGCCGUACGAUGCACAGAUUGGUCGAGCAAUUCCUGAAGCUCCAACCCCCAAAGUUUGUCGGAACUGGAGAUCCCGAAGAAGCGGAGUCCUGGAUCGAUGAACUCCAGAAGGCAUUUGAGCUUUUGAGAUGUUCCGAGGAAGAGAAAGUUACCUUAGCAGGCUAUCAACUGCAAGGUAAUGCCAGCUAUUGGUGGAAAGCGACCAAGGAAAUCGUGUUCCCAGAAAAUGCUGCUGUCAACUGGAAUGCUUUCAUUGAAGCAUUCAACGGAAAGUAUUUUUCCGAAUGUGCUCGCGACCGAAAGAUGAAGGAAUUCUUGCAACUUCAACAGAACAACAUGACGGUGGACCAGUACGAAGCAAGGUUCGCUCAACUGUCAAGGUAUGCCCUUAAACUUAUUGAAGAUCCAGUGGAAAGGGCAAAAAGAUUCCGAGACGGUUUGAAACCAGACAUCCGGAGACAGUUGGUGCCGCUGAACCUCAAGGAUUACAACGAGCUGUAUGAACGCGCGCAGCUGGUGGAGAAAGAGUCCCUGGAACGAGCUGCCACGGCGACUAACCAAGGAAAGCCUUAUCAUCCGGCUUCUCAAUCCAACCAGCAUCAUGACAAGAGACCGAUGUCGGGAGAAAACCAUUUCUCCACUCCCAACAAGAAGAUAAAAAAUCAGAAGCCAAUUUCCACUGCAGGCGAUGCGUGCCAUACUUGCGGAAGGUUUCAUGGAAAUGCUCCGUGUCCAAAACAAACGGGAGCAUGUUUCGGCUGUGGUCAACAAGGCCACCGCAUAAAGGACUGCCCGCAACGACAGCAAGUGAAGCAGUCACAACAACCACUGGUGAUGCAACAAAAAGAAGUUCCAUCGCAUGAUAAUCGUCCUCCAGCUCAAGGAAGGAUUUAUGCAAUUACUCAAGAGGAAGCGGAAAACUCCAAGAAUGUUAUUACGGAGACUUGA